AGCCACCUCUUUCUUCUCUCUUCCUGCCAUCUUCGUUCGUCGGGGCCCACCUCUCCCUUCUUCCAAAAUUUCUAAACGAACUUCGAACGGCAGUUCGGUUUUCAGGUGGCAUCCGCAGGAACACCCACAUCCGAGAUUCGGUUAUAAAGCCAAAAGUACCUCCGUCUCAUACGCAGCGGAAACACAAGGGUUUUCCUCCGUUGACUAACGCCUCCCUUCACAACAACUCCCCCCUCCCUCCAGUGUUUACACCUCUGCCGUUUGUUUGUGCAGCUUCGACAGCGCAACGAGGAAGCGGUCACGAUGCCGAGCCUGAACAACGCCCGUCGAGGCGAGACGUCCGACGACUACGCCCGACACAAGGCAGACGCGACGAAGGCCUUCCUUGAAAACCACUAUCAAAACAUGCUGGCGAAUAACCGCAACGGCCGCGUCGCCGUUGGGCCGCGACAGAAGGAGCCGACGUUUGCUGACUUCCAUCUCUUCAAGUGCAUCGGCCGUGGCGCAUUUGGUGAGGUGUUCGUGUGCAAGUACCGCAACGACGCCACGGAGGCCCUCUACGCGCUGAAGCGGAUGCGCAAGGCGGACAUGAUCAUGAAAAAGCAGGUCGUCCACGUCCGCUCGGAGAAGGACGUCCUGGCGGAGGCGGCCGCGACGAACCCGUGGGUGGUCCACCUCUACCGCAGCUUUCAAGAUGCGCUGUACCUGUACAUGGUGAUGGAGUACAUGCCGGGCGGGGACAUGAUCUCGUGGCUCUGCGACAAGGGUAUCUUUGACCUGGAGAGCACGCGCUUCUACAUUGCGGAACUGUGCGCCGCCGUGGCCAGCGUGCAUAACAUGGGCUUCGUGCACCGCGACAUCAAGCCGGACAACAUCCUCUUUGGCGAAAACGGCCACAUUAAGCUGAGCGACUUCGGCCUGUCGAAGCGCUUCGUUGAAAAGCGGGGAAACUUGCUGGACUACAACGAUCAGCCGUCCACGAGUGGGAGCACGCCGGCAGUCCAAAAGGACGAGACGACGGCCUACGCGUCUCGGCCCGACGACACGGCCGGUGCGGCGCAGGGCGUGGAGGACCGCGUGGGCGGCAUCGCUCACGGUCGCGGUCGGGAGAUGUUUCAGUCCAUCGUGGGCAGCCCGGGCUACAUCGCGCCGGAGAUCCUCCUCCGCAAGCCGUACGGCGUCGGCUGCGACUGGUGGUCCGUUGGCGUCAUCAUGUACGAGAUGCUCUACGGCAUUCCGCCCUUCUACUCUCAGAACCCCAACUCCACCUGCCACAAGAUCAAAAACUGGCGGGAGUACCUCAACUUCCCACCCAACGACAAAAUACCUGCGGACGCGGUGGACUUCAUGAAGCGGCUCAUUUGUGAGCCGGAAGAGCGCAUGGAGUACGACGCGAUCCUCCACCACGAGUUCCUGGCCCCGAUGGACAUGGACAACCUGCGCACGCUGAGGGCGCCGUACAUCCCGGACUUGUCGAACCGCCUCGACACGCGCUACUUCCCCGAGAUUCGAGAGCUGAGCGCACCGCUGCAGCAGAGCGAAGAGACAGCGAGUGCGGGAGGUGGACCCGCGCGGUGUGAUGUUUGCCGACUUCCGAUUUAA